AUGGGUACCCGCGCCAGGAUAAAAGACGAGGUCAUCGCUCGCCUCACUUCCAACCAGAAAGAUAUCAUCGCGAACAUCUUCACCACCCGGCAGAGCCUCCGACAGGUCCAGUCGCAGUGCAUAAAGCUCCACCAAGCGAUACAAGCCGAGCUCGCCGGGAGCGACAAGAGUAAGCAGUCUCUCAGAUAUGAGGAAUAUCUACGUGUCCAUAAUGACCUCGCACAAAGGCUUCGGGAUGACCUUGAGCGACUAAAAAAGAGGCUUGCGGACAUUGAGGUCGCCAUGGAGCGCUUGGAGGGGCCUGUAAAGGUGGAGCCGUGGCCGGAGGGGCAUGGGGCGUCGCAUGCGGUGGUUAUGGAAGACAUCAACAGAUUUUUGAAUAUUUUGUAUUGGUUUGGGGUGGCGCUGGCGGCGGUCUUUGUUUUGGUGGCGGUGUUUUCGAUCUUGUUUCUGGCGGGGGGUCCGGAUUCGCGGGCGGCGAUUCGGGAGGUGGCCGCAACGGAGGGAUAUAGGGGCAGGUUUAAACUGGUGUGGAACGAGGAAACAAUCGUGGUGGCGAAACACAGGAGUCGUCAGUCCCGUGUGGGUCACCACCGCGGACCUAAACAUAGUGCCGUAGCAGACGAGGAAACUGAUGAGCUGGGGAGCUGGAUAACGAUGGAGACGGCGUGGAACUCUGAGGCAUCCCUGCCGGAGGUCCCGGCAAUUGCGAGCAUUGAGGCGUGGAAUGCGGUGAAAAGGCAGGUCGAGAUACAGGAGAGAGAAUUUCUCCAGUAUGAAACAGGGGUCCGACUCGUUGAAGGUAAAAUUGGGCCAAUAACAUGGCAGGAAGGAGAGCAGUUCAGGCUGGAUUGGAUUCGGAGUCGGCGGCGACAAUGGAAUAAUGAGAAGGAUGUUGAAGUGUCGCUAGAAUGA